AGGGCCGUCAGUUGGCCGCCGCGCGUCGGCGGUGUAACGUCUUGCUUUGCGUUGUGUCUAAAUUAUUGUCGUUACCUCCAUCGAUUUAUUACUUUAAUCAAUCUAUUUCGAAGGAUUCGUCGCAUAUAUUGACCUUAAACGUCAUUAAGAAUUAUUAGAGACUUAUCUAUUUUCGAACGAAUAUCCAAAGAACUUGAAGUUAAAAAACCGAACAAAAAGGGAAAGUGUCAAAGGCGAGCUGCUGUUCUGUCGACGGAUACGAGAACGGUGUAUAUGUGUGUUAUAUGUGUUACUAAUGUGUGUAUUGCGUGUUUGUCGGCGGAACGAGUUCAUUUCUUCGACCAAGGGCUUCUCGUUUCAGUGACGUUUUCAAAGAAGCUUUGAAAAAGAAUAAAGAAAAGGAAUAAAAGAAGACCUCUCUCUUAUCUCGUGAAUAAAUCUCGAGAUUAAAAAAAGAAAAAAUAUAGAAUGUUAUUGGUAAUUGACAUUGAUGAUCAUUUAACAUCCGAUGGAUUUUCAGUGAUAUAAGAAUAUACACAAAUAUACAUAAUAUAUUUCGAGAUAUUUUUUGUGUCGUUAAAAAUUCGAAUACGCGCUGCUGUAUCGACAAAGAAGAAAGGUGUGGCGCGAAACCUGUACAUUCUUACGAUAGAAGAAACUAUCUCUCUAGUUUUCUCUUUAUCUCUAUCUCUAUCUCUAUCUCUUUUUUUCUUCUUCUUGGACUUUGUCAUCUUCUUUACCUUCUUCAGUUUAGUUUUGUUUUUUUAUGUAUCUCUGAGGACACACAAGACACUUACGAACAUUAGAACAACGUAGACACCAUCGAGAAGAAUAUAACGAGAGCUUCCUUCUACGGAGAAUAUAUAUUUUUUUUGAAGAUGUACGGGUGAUAAACGAUCUCUUCUUCGUCAAAAUGUUGAUCAAGGAAUAUCGAAUUCCUCUGCCACUUACGGUAGAGGAAUAUCAAAUUGCUCAACUUUACAUGAUAGCGAAAAAAUCACGUGAAGAAAGCAAAGGUACCGGAAGUGGCGUGGAAAUAAUAGUUAACGAACCAUAUACCAAUGGGCCCGGUGGAAAUGGUCAAUAUACGCAUAAAAUUUAUCACGUUGGUAGCCACUUGCCAGGAUGGUUCAAAAGUUUAUUACCUAAAUCGGCAUUAAUAGCAAAGGAGGAGGCAUGGAACGCAUAUCCGUAUACAAAAACACGAUACACGAGUCCAUUCGUCGAAAAGUUUUCCAUAGAAAUAGAAACUUAUUAUUUUCCUGAUAAUGGCUAUCAAGAAAAUGUCUUCAAAUUGAACGGUGCAGAUCUAAGAAACAGAGUCAUAGAUUUGAUCGACAUCGUAAAAGAUCAAAUCGAUUAUGUCAAAGAAGAAGAUCCUAAAUUAUAUAUUUCUGAAAAAACGGGUAGAGGUCCACUGACGGAUACUUGGUUGGAAGAUUAUUGGACUGAAAUCAAAGGGAAACAACAACCAACGUCAUCAGGGAAAUCGUUAAUGUGCGCUUAUAAAUUAUGCCGGGUAGAAUUCCGCUAUUGGGGUAUGCAAACAAAGUUAGAAAAGUUCAUCCACGAUAUGGCAUUGAGAAAAGUGAUGGCACGAGCACACAGACAAGCCUGGGCCUGGCAAGAUGAAUGGUUUGGUUUGACAAUGGAAGAUAUCAGAGAAAUCGAACGGCAAACUCAGUUAGCACUUCAACAAAAGAUGGGUCUUGCUGAGUCCGGUGAAGAAGUAACUGGUGACGAUGAUCAGGACACGAAUACAGGAAAUACUGGAAUGACUCCUCAAGAAUCGAACGUCGCUAGGACACUCGCAGCUACUUUGAGUAGUAUCGAGAAAAACGAGGACCUUCAGAGUCCACUUAGUGUCAGGAAACCUUCAGAUAUACCGAUUAUCAAUACAGCUGUUAGUUCAGAAGGUGAAAUUAGUCCUGAGGAUUCUCCAACAGAACCACCUAAUGUUAGCCCGAUCGAUGAAAAGAAUGAAAAGAAAUCGUGGAAAAAGAAUGCAGCAAGUCAUUCACCUAGUUCAGCAAAAAGCAUGGAUAUUCAAAUCGCGAAUUGGAGAAUGGAAAGUAUCGUUAGAGAAUCCGAGACGAGUAGCGAAGAGGAAUUCUUUGAUUGUCAGGAGCACUUUGAAGAUAACUCUUCAUUAGCUAAAUGGAGUUCUUUGGAUCUUCUAGCAGAAGAGGACGAUGGUGCUUCUCCUGUGGUACCAACAAACAACGUGGAAGAAGCAGAUACGAUAUUCUCACCUUCGUUUCUACAGCCAAUAGCAAGCGAACGUAGUAAAAGAUUGCAAAUUCACACGUCGACGAGCAUUGACGUUUCUUGUCCAACAUCACCUCAACAUUCUCCAACUCAUCAAUCUUGUAAAACUACAGUACUUUUGAUCGUGAUGCAUGCCGGAAGCGUUCUAGAUGCCAAUGUCGAUUUGACUGCGAAGAAAUCGGAUGUGACAACCUUCAAAGGUGCCUUCGAGUCUGUUAUGAGACAACAUUAUCCCAGUAUGGUUGGACAUGUUUCUAUAAAAUUCGUUUCAUGUCCUUCGAUAUGUACCGAAGGUCUAGGUGUUCUUUCGAGUUUAAGUCCAUACAGUUUCGACAUGUCUCCAUCGUGCAUGGAUGCACCUCAAGUAACGAAUGAUACCAUACCAAUCGGUGCAAUACCAUUACUGGCAAGUGCAAGCUCGGAUUACGAAGAAGCAGUCUCACGAGUGGUGACCAAUGCGAAUCAGAUUUAUCAAGGAUUUAUAAAGAGCGAAGAGGGUAAAGGUUUUAGUGGGCAAAUUUGUUUCAUCGCUGAUUCCGUAGGUUCGAUUUUGGCCUACGAUGCUUUGUGUAGAUCUACGCAUUAUCAUUCGAGAUAUAACAGUGAAAAUAAUAUAUUGGAUACGAGUAAUCAAGGGAUUGAAAAUAAUGGAAUUUCUGAGGAUGGCAAACAUUUAAAUGCACCUUCGCCUAGAAGAAGAUCUUCUGGGACAAAUGACAGUAGCCAGCAAUGUAAAUUAGAAUUCGACGUAGGAGAGUUCUUCAUGUUUGGCAGUCCAUUAGCACUCGUUAUGGCAUAUAGAAAAAUAUCAUCUCACGGAGACAAGAAUAGUAAUAUCCCAAAGCCAAUGGUGAAUCAAGUUUACAAUCUCUUUCAUCCAAGCGAUCCAGUAGCCGCAAGAAUCGAACCAUUGAUUUCCGCGAGAUUUUCUUUAUUACCACCUGUUAAUGUUGCUCGAUAUCAAAAGUAUCCUCUUGGAAAUGGACAGCCUUAUCAUUUACUGGAAACGAUUCAAAGCAAUCCACAAUUAUUUGCGGAUGGAUUAAACAUUCCUAACAUAUACAUGACAACGCCGUCUCAACAUGCUCAUUUGAGAAGAUUGUCGGAUAUAUCGAUUCAUAGUACUAUGUCUGGUAUCGUCGAUAAUAUUCCUUUACAAGUUGUUUCUGCUCUGACGCAAAAAUGGUGGGGAACUAAACGAAUAGAUUAUGCUCUAUAUUGUCCAGAGGGUCUGGCAAAUUUUCCUACAAAUGCAUUACCCCAUCUCUUCCAUGCUAGUUAUUGGGAAUCAUCAGAUGUAAUAGCGUUUAUAUUAAGACAGUUGGGUCGGUUCGAUUUACCCAUGCUCGGUAACGAAGAAAAAGAACUCUCAUGUUUCCGUCCAGGUCAACCAAGAGAAAAAUGGAUUAAAAAACGCACCUCGGUCAAACUGAAGAACGUUGCUGCUAAUCAUAGAGCCAAUGACGUCAUCGUGGGAGAAGGUGUACCUCAAGUAUUAGUGGCCAGAUUUAUGUACAGUCCUAUAGACGUGAUAGCUUUAACAGGAGAAAAAGUAGAUAUUCAUAUUAUGAAAGACCCACCUGUUAGCGAAUGGACGUUUUUAAAUACAGAAGUUACAGAUAAAAACGGUAGAAUAACUUAUAGAAUACCUGAUGACAAAGCUCUCGGUUACGGACUUUAUCCUGUAAAAAUGAUAGUUAGAGGAGAUCACACUUCUGUCGACUUCUUUUUGGCUGUGAUACCUCCGAAAACAGAGUGUGUGGUCUUCAGUAUCGAUGGAUCGUUCACAGCGAGUAUGUCAGUCACCGGAAAGGAUCCGAAAGUUAGAGCUGGUGCUGUUGAUGUUGUCAGACACUGGCAAGAAUUAGGAUAUUUAAUUAUAUACAUCACCGCACGACCAGAUAUGCAACAGAAGAAAGUUGUGUCCUGGCUAUCUCAGCAUAACUUCCCUCACGGUUUGGUGUCUUUCGCGGAUGGUCUCUCCACGGAUCCGCUUGGUCAUAAAGCAGCAUAUUUAAAUAAUUUAGUGCAGGAACACGGUGUAAUAAUACAUCAAGCAUAUGGUAGUAGCAAAGACAUAAGUGUUUACACAUCAAUAAAUCUCAAGCCAAAUCAAAUAUUCGUUAUCGGUGGAGCAUCGAAAAAACAUCACGCUCUGGCGACGAUACUUCACGAUGGUUAUGCUGCACAUUUGAGCAUGCUACAGGCACAUGGUGGUUCGAGACCAGCCAAAGGCAAUGCAAGGAUGGUAAUACCACGUGGUCAAUUUGGUUUGCCCGGUCAGAAUGCAUCUUUACGGCGAAGAAGCUCUUUUAGAACGGCGAAACGAGCGAUUUCCCAACCAACUGUGGGAAAAAUCUUUCCUUUGGAACGAAGUACGAGUUUAGGACCACCAAGUUCGCCUCCAAACGUGCCGCAAUCCGCACCACCAAUCAAAAAUACCACCACGGAAAAGCUCUGACGACUUACACGCUGCCGCUCUUUUUUCGACUCCUUGCAUUGAUUUACGUGUGUUCGCAACGUCCUUCAUCAAUUUCUAUUUCAACUUACGUGACACGAUUAACUUGAUAUCGAUGCGAUAUCGAUAGGAAAAAAAAAAAGGAAAAGUAAGAGAAAAAAAUCUGAAGCUGUAAAAAAUUCCCAUUUUUACGUUGGACCAUACGUCAUCAUUGUAAACAACUUCGUUAAUCAUAUCGAAAAUUGUAUUAUAUGUUAUAUCAUUAUAGGUAAUAGUCUACGUUAACCAUAUCAGAUUUUAUAAUUGGUUUAAAAAAUUUUCAUAUCAUUGACACGAGUAUAUUGCUUAUCGUUGAUCUUAUCAAUGCGAUUAAAUCGCAUAUAUAUUUUUAUUUCUGCUUGCAUAAUCAUGAUAAUGUAUUAAAAUAUAUAAAAUUAUUUGCCGAUUAUCGGUUCAAUGGUUUAACAGAAAUAUGCAUAAUGCAUGAAACAUGUAAAUGGCUUUUUCAAAAUUUAACAUUUUUUUUUUACAUCCUUUUGACUAAUCAUUGCGAGAUAUAGCAACUUCGCAGUAGAUUAUAUGACUUAUACUACGGUACGAAAGAGAAAAAAAUCUAUUCGUUCACUGUUAUCUGAUCUCAACUAAUUGUUAACAUUUUAAAGAAAAUUGAUUGUAAUGUUGAAAACUGAUUGUAAAUUAGUGUACGAAUGUUUCUUAUAUAACUGUCGUUUUCAAUAUUUUUAUUACUAUCAUACCUCGUAAUAAUUGUCAUCAUCAUUACCAUUAUCAUCAUCGUCAUCAUCAUCAUCAUCAUCAUCAUUAUUAUAAUUAUCAUUAUUAUUAUUAUUAUUAUUAUUAUUAUUAUUAUCAUUGUUAAAAGCAAUAAUUUUGCCAAAAGUCUACGUUUUUUUCACUCGAUCAGAAUUGAUUAUUCAUACAUGAAUAUACAAAGAAAACAAAAAAUAAAAAAUAGGAUUAAAUCAUUAUUUGGUACUCGACGAAUGAAAAAUAGAUCUAUUGUAAACUAUUAGAAACUUUUGCGCGAAAGUAUUAUAUAUAUUAAUUAUUACAAAUGUUGUCUAUGGGAUAGAUUUUAAAGAAAUAAUUAUAAUUUUUCUUUCCUUUUCUUUUUUUUUUCUUUUGCUCAAAAAAACUUUGCACACGCGAAUCUCUUUUAAAUGAAUGAGUGUAAAAGAUUAUAAAAUAAAUAAAUAAUAAUGUGUAUAUAUAUAAAUACAUACAUAUAUAUAUAUAUAUAUAUAUAUAUAUAUAUAUAUAUAUAUAAAAUCACAGUGCAAAGUAAAAGGAAAGUGUGAGAAUCAAUGUAGAAAAUUUGUAUUGUCGAUUUACUACGUUUCUUUGAAUAAUAAAAAGACUGUAAGAGAAAGAAACAUUCACUUAUAAAAAAAAAUCCGUAUGAUAAUUUAAAAAAUACACACACACACACACACACAUAUAUAUAUAUAUACGCGUGUGUAUAUAUAUUUAUUCAGCUAUCGAAUUUGCAAAAAAAAAUGAUACUAAUGGCAAAUAUUCCUGGCAUGGUGAUUCGUUCCAAAAUAAAAUUAAGAAGAAUCUUCUAUAGAAACGAGAUAUGAGAUAAAUUUGCGCCAUUGUUGUGUCCCUAUCGACUGAUAAUAAGUAGUAUCGUGUGUAUAAAUGAAAUAUUUUGUUUUAUUAUACGUAUAACGUAAUCCUAAUCUUAUAUGCUCUAGUCUCUUAGAAAAAUGAUCAAACAUCACAUACAAUUAUUCCUUCAUAUAUUUGAUUCGUUGUGAUGUGAUGUAUAAAAGAAAAAAAAAACAACAUAAUUAACUACUAUAUUGACUGUUUAUAUUGUUAUAUGUGAGAAUAAUACUAUAUAUACAUACGUACGUACCUAUAUACAUUCAUACAUCACACACACACAUACACACACCUAUGUAUGUAUGUAUAUAUGUAUUAUCUAUAAAAUCAUCAUCAAAUUGCAUCAUCGGAAAUGCAAAAGAUAAAGACGAAUAAAAGUCAGAUCGUUAAAAGAGAGAGAUGGUAGAAUUGCCUAUAAUAGCGAAUUUGAAAAGGUACUUGAAUUAUUUUUAAUAAUGUUCGAUACAUUAGAGCGGUGAUGUACGAUUUAAAAAGAAAAAGAAAAGAA